CGAUUUUUUUAGCCCUCAUCUCAACUCUUUAACACAGCUCCACUCGGCCUCUGAGAUGUCUGGAUCCCCUUCUGUUCCUGGAAUCUAAUCAUUCUUGCAGGCUGGUCACUGUUCGCUUCUUCGCGCUUUGGUUUGCGUGCCUUGUGGAUCUGGCCCGACGAUGUGGAAGGGCGGCGUCGAUGAAGCCUUCCGCGGUGCUGGAGCAAAGGCAGGAUUAGAAAUUUGGUGCAUUGAAAAUCUCAGGCCAGUCCUGGUUCGUAAAUCCUCCCAUGGAAAGUUUUUCUCUAGAAGUGCAUAUAUAGUUUUGAAUACAGCUAUUCUUAGAAACGGAAUUUAUCAGCAUGAUAUACAUUACUGGGCGGGGAAGGAUGCUGAGGAGGAUGACUCCAAUCUGGCAUCAGAUAAAGCCCUUGAGUUGGAUGCAGCAUUGGGAUCUCGUGCUGUCCACUACAAGGAGGUUCAAGGAAAUGAAACGGAGAAGUUCUUGUCCUAUUUCAAACCCUGCAUUAUACCUAUUGAAGGAGUUUUCACUUCAGAAAUACAAGAUGAUGGCAAUGGAGGAUACCGAGUUACAUUGCUGGCUUGCAAGGGGGAUCAUGCUAUCCGUGUCAGAGAAGUUCCCUUUUUGCGGUCCUCUUUGAACCAUAAUAAUGUAUUUAUACUGGACACAGAAUCAAAAAUUUUUCUUUUUAGCGGUUGUAAUUCCAGCAUACAAGAAAGGGCUAAAGCUUUGGAAGUUGUUCAGUACAUAAAUGAGAAUCAGCAUAGUGGAAGGUGUAAAGUGGCUACAAUUGAGGAUGGAAAAUUUGUUGGUGAUUCUGAUGCUGGAGAAUUCUGGAGCUUUUUUGGCGGUUAUGCUCCCAUUCCACGGGAAUCACAGAGUACUGAGCAGAAUGAAAAGCCUUCUGCUGCAAACCUUUUUGGCUUCAAUAAAGGCAAGUUGCUUCUUCUUGAUUCGCUUUCUUUAGCUAAAGGGCUGCUGAGCUCUGAUAGGUGCUAUGUGUUGGAUUGUGGCGCUGAAAUCUUUUUAUGGAUGGGAAGGACUACAUUGGUCAGCGAAAGAAAGGCAUCUAUUCUUGCAGUGGAAGAAUUUAUGCACACUCAGGACAGACCUGUGAGCAUCCACACAACUUUCUUGACUGAGGGAUCUGAAACUGCUAAAUUCAAGUCAUAUUUUAAAGAUUGGCCGCAAAAUGCAGCACCCAGCCUGUAUAUAGAAGGCAGAGGGAAAGUAGCUGCUAUAUUCAAGCAUCAGGGAUAUGACGUGAAGGAAAUUCCUGAGGAUGAUUAUCAACCAAUAAUAGACAGCCAUGGCAUCCUUAGCGUUUGGCGGGUUAAUGGCCAUGAUGCCACUCCACUUUCUUCUGCAGAACAGGCCAUGCUUUACAGAGGAGACUGUUACAUUGUCAAGUAUAUUUAUUCUGAAAAUGCCAAGGAUAAUAAUGUAUUUUAUGCAUGGUUGGGGUUGGACAGUACAUUGGAAGAUCAAGUUAAUGCGCUCUCCCUAAUGACAAGAAUGACAGAAUCAAUUAAGGGUUCUUAUGUCAUGGCUCAAAUUUGUGAAGGUAAAGAACCACAACUCUUCUUCUCGAUUUUCCAGUCUCUCGUUAUUUUAAAGGGAGGAUUGAGUUCAGGAUAUAUACUGUUCCUAUCAGAACAAGGUAUCACCAAUGAAACUUAUGACAAAGAUAAAUUGGCUUUAUUUCGAGUUCAGGGGUCCUCCCCUCGUAACAUGCAGGCCAUCCAAGUUGAUCCUGUUUCUUAUUCACUCAAUUCCUCUUACUGCUAUAUAUUACAAGAUCAAACAACUUUCUUCACUUGGGUGGGGAGUCUCUCAUCACCUAGAGAUCAUAAUCUUGUUGACAGUUUGCGGGACCAGCUAAAUCCACUCAAACAUUCCACAUUAGUGAGGGAAGGAAAUGAACCAGAUAUCUUCUGGAACGUAAUAGGAGGGAAGGCUGAUUAUCCAAAAGAAAAGGUUAUCAAAGAACAUGUUGAAGAUCCACAUUUAUUUGCUUGCAUCCUUGACGAAGGUGAUUUCAAGGUGAAGGAGAUAUUUAAUUUUACACAAGAUGAUUUAACCACAGAAGAUGUGCUAUUACUAGACUGUCACAGUGAGAUUUAUGUUUGGGUCGGCCAGCAUGCAAGCCUUGCUUCUCCAGAGAAAGCCUUUACUUUAGGCAAGAAAUUUCUGGAGGCAGACAUUCUCCUUGAGGGAUUACUGCAGAACACAGCCAUAUAUGUUAUUCCGGAAGGAAACGAACCUUCAUUCUUCACUCAUUAUUUUGACUGGGAUAUCUCAAAAUCACAUAUGCAUGGAAACUCAUUUGAGAGGAAGCUUGCCAUCUUGAAAGGUUCAACAUCAAUUACAGAGUCUUCUAAUAGAGGAAUUCAGAAGACACAUUUGAGGUAUUCUUCUGAAGGUCUAUUUGGUCAUUCUUCAAAAAAAUCUACGACUUCUGAUGGCUCUCUUAAGGGAAGAGGAUCGGCUGCACCCACAGGAUUAUCAACUUCUGUGUCCUUGAACAUGCAUGGCUUCUUCGAACAAACAUUAGUAUCCAGAGAAUCUAAUGAGAACACUUCUCCAGAAGCUGCCUCCACAGAAACUCCAUCUUUGUCAAAAGAUCCAAUGAACAUUCCUGAAUUUGAGUCAGUGGUUAUUGUGGAUGAUGAAGACAUUUGUGAUGCGGAUAAUGAAUUGCAAACCUACCCUUAUGAACUUUUGAAAGUAUCAUCAGGUACACCACUGGAAGGCAUAGAUGUAACAAAACGCGAGGCUUAUUUGUCCAAUGAGGACUUCAAAACCAAGUUUGGAAUGAACAAGAAGGCAUUUUACAAGUUACCAAAAUGGAAACAAAACAAGCUAAAGCAGGCUCUCAAUCUUUUCUAAGAUGGUGCAGCUCAGAGGAUGAAGUUUCUGUGAUCUGAUUCUGUGUUUCUGGACAUUUGUAAGCUUUAAGUUUUGAAAUGUUAGCCAGUUCAGGAUAAAUUUCAUUAAACUAUCUGACAUAAAUCUGUUUUCAUCUUUAUUUACAUAGCUGCGACUUAACUAUGUUUUUGUGCUAGAGGUUAGGCAUUGCACUGCAAUAAUCUCUCUUAAUUUGGUAAAUUCAAGCUUAUUAUUGUAUAAAUCCAGUGUUAUAUUGUUAUGAUCCCAUUUUUCGAGAUCAUGAUAAAUAGCAAUUGGAGGAUGCUGACAAUUUUAAAAUUUAAGAGGGAAAGAAGAAGAAAAUACAGAGUAGAGAAUAAAA